AGGGAUUUCCGGCUGUUAGGACUACAGAUUGCAAUAUAAAGUUCACUGUGUGUUCGUGUCGCCACUCGUAGCUUCUGUUUAAACUCAUAUUUAACUCACUCUGGAGAUUAAUGCGAUCUUUUUCUUCGUCGUUAAGACUUUUGUUCUGAAGAGAAGUUGACCGGAAGUCCUGUGGUGGUUACUUAAACACCCCCCCGGCUGUUCCCCCGCUGUUCCCCCGGGCGGUCGCUCCUCCCUCCCGCCUCUCCGCCUCCCUCAGUCCGCAUCUGUUCGCCGCUCAGUCCGCUACUCGCGUCGCCCGCUGCCUCACCUCCUGCCCGGCUUACUUCACGGGGGAGCACCGCUGGUCUGAGCGCGUCUGUAGAGCUGUAAAGAGAGAAGAUGAGUCCCGGGUCCCGGAGCUGGUUGUGGGUCUGGUCGUACUUGCUGAGCCUGAGUGUUUGGACCCGAGCUCUGGUGGUGGAGGAGCUGUUCGAGUUCGGAGAAGAAGCCGGGGACCAGCAGCUGCAGCCCGGCUCGGACUCCUCCGCCGGGCUGCCUCUGAACCGCUCCGUGCUGUUCUUCAGCGACUCCUUCGACAAAGUUUACAUUAACACGAAUGGAUUUGUGUCUUUCGCCGAGCCUCCAGCUGAGGUGGAGUACCUGGGGAAGAUGCCCGCAGAUUUCAAAAUGAUCGCAGCCCUGCUCGGAGACCUGGACGACAGUGACGGACAGGGGAGGGUCUACUUCAGGCAGGACGACGGCCUUGAGGUGCUGAGUCAAGCCGCCGAACACAUCAGGCGAGCUUUCCCCAGAGACGACGGAGUGGAGCCCACCAGCGCCCUCAUCGUCACCUGGGAGAACAUGGCAGCCGCGGGGACCUCCGGACGAGGAGACGGACUGGACGCCAAGAGAAACACUUUCCAGCUGGUCGUGGCCUCCAUGGAGUCGUCCUCCUACGCCAUCCUCUUGUACCCGAGAGACGGCCUGCAGUUUCACUCCACAUCAGUUGGCCGCGAGACGAAGCUCCUGGAGACGGGCUUCAACGAAGGCCUCGUGCAGAGCUGGUUUUGGAGCAACCAGCCGGGGACAUACUUCCGCGUCACCACAGAUGAAGAGACUUCCAUCAGGGACUUGACUGAAAAGACGACCUCAGGACAGGGAGGAGUUUGGGUGUACGAGAUCGGUUCUGCACCAUUCUUCAUCGCCAUCACUCCAGGAGUGAACUCUGACCUUCCCGACGAGGGCGACGCCACCGAACCUCCUGUGACCGUGUUGCCAAGACAGCCCGAUGAGGUGAACUUCUCAACAAAGGAACCUCGAGUGGUUCCAGAACAAAAGGAAGAGUUCCCAACGGAUUCUCCCUCUGAGUACCUGCCCAGUUACCCAGAAUCUGAGACCAUCACUCCAGGGUAUGCUGUACCAACGACAAAAAAAACAGAGUAUCAGGAACCAGGUCAGUCUGGCCCAGAAUACCCUGAAUCGGAGAUCGUGACAGCAUCGUACACAAACCCUGAGAGAGCUCAACCGAGGUACCCGGAACCAUCUGAGCCCAGAUACCCUGACCAAACCGAGCCUAGAUACCCAGUCGCUGAAACUUUGGAACCAAUACGCACCAUUCCUGAAACCACUGAGCCCAGAUACUCACCAGUUGAGCCGAGGUUCCCCGAUCCAGUCCAACCUCGGUACACCAACCCUGACCCAGUCCAACCGGUGCCACCGUAUUCCCGGCCCCACCAACCCCAGAUCAUCGUGGUGGAUGAAGACGAAGGUCUCAACGUGAAUGUAUUCGGGUACAGUCUGGAGCGGUGUGAACAGAACAGGCACAAAUGUUCAGCUUUCGCUGACUGCCGCGAUUACAGCAACGGAUACUGCUGCCACUGCAAGCCUGGUUUCUACGGUAAUGGGAAAGACUGUGUUGCAGAAGGAAAACCACAGAGAAUGAAUGGAAAGGUGAACGGCCGAGUGUUUGUCGGCAACUCGCCUUCACCUGUGGAGCUCAGUAACCACGACCUGCACUCAUACGUGGUGGCCAACGACGGACGAGCUUACGUAGCCAUCAGCAACAUCCCGGACAGCCUCGGCCCGUCCCUGCAGCCGCUGUCCUCCCUGGGAGGAGUCAUCGGCUGGGCCUUCGCUCUGGAGCAGCCGGGCUACCAGAACGGCUUCAGUCUCAUCGGCGGCGAGUUUUCCCGGCAGGCUGAAGUCAUCUUCCAGCCCGGUAACGAGCGUCUGAGCAUCAAGCAGCAGUUUAAAGGAAUCGACGAACACGACCACCUGGUGGUGAGCACCGAGCUGGAGGGCCGUCUGCCUGCCGUGCUGCUGGGAUCCUCGGUCCAGAUCAGCCCGUACAAGGAGAUCUACCAGUACGACAGAGACCUGAUCACUUCCUCCUCCAACCGCGACUACACCAUCACCUCUCCCGACGGCGCCGUCCAGCCCAGAAGCUACCAGUGGCGUCAGACGAUCACCUUCAAGAGCUGCCAGCACGACGAGGCCAUCAGGCCGGAGCUGUCCACCCAGCAGCUCAGCGUGGACCAGAUCUUUGUGAUGUUUGACGCUGAGAACCACCUGAUCCGCUACGCCAUGAGCAACAGGAUCGGCUCUGUGCACAGCGCUCUGCCAGAACAGAAUCCAUGUUUCACCGGCAGACACGGCUGUGACAUCAACGCCGUGUGCAAGCCAGGUGACGGCCUCCAGUUCACCUGCGAGUGCUCCAGCGGUUUCACCGGAGACGGACGCUACUGCCACGAUGCUGACGAGUGCAGCGAGACUCCUCAGGUGUGCGGAGCCAACGCCGUCUGCAGCAACCAGCCCGGAACCUUCCGCUGCGAGUGUGUGAGCGGCUUCGUGUUCGCCAGCGAUGGGAAGACCUGCAUCGAGGAGGACCGUCCUGUGGAUCACUGUCGGAGAGGAAGUCACGACUGUGACGCUGCUGAGCGAGCUCUCUGCAGCUACACCGGCGGCUCGGCGUUCGUCUGCUCCUGCCUGCCGGGCUUCACGGGUGACGGCCGGGUGUGUCGGGACGUAGACGAGUGUCAGCAGGACCGAUGCCACCGAGACGCCUCGUGCUCCAACACGCAGGGAUCGUACGCCUGCCAGUGCCAUCCUGGUUUCCACGGCGACGGCUUCCAGUGCAAUCCCACAGAGCGAGAGAAGACGCCGUGUGAGCGUCACAGAGAGAGCGCCCAGUCCUCCACCUCCGACUCUGGUUUCUUGUCUUUCUUCCGUCCUCGGCCGGCCGUCGGUCAGUACGUCCCUCAGUGUGACGAACACGGAUCCUACGAGCCCACGCAGUGCCACACCAGCAUCGGGCAGUGCUGGUGUGUGGACGCCAGCGGCCAGGAGAUCCCCAACACCCGGACCGGGCCCGGGAACACCCCGCUGUGUAUCGACCAGACGGUGACUCCUCCCCCGGUCGGUCCGACGCCUCGGCCUGACGUCCACCCCGUGGCUCCGGGAACACACCUGCUGUUCGCUCAGAGCGGGAAGAUCGAGCACGUCCCUCUGGACGGAUACAACAUCAAGAAGGAGGACGCCAAACCUCUGCUACACAUCCCCGACCGGGUGGUGAUCGCUGUGGCGUACGACUGCGUGGAGAAGAUGGUUUACUGGACCGACAUCACCGGGCCGGCCAUCAGCAGGGCCCGGCUGAGUGGAGGAGACAUCAGCCCGGUCAUCACUACAGGCCUCCAGAGUCCUGAAGGCAUCGCCAUCGACCAUGUCGCUCGUCUCCUGUUCUGGACCGACUCCAUGCGUGACACCGUGGAGGUUUCCCAACUGGACGGCAGCCAGCGCCGAGUUCUGUUCGACACGGACCUGAUCAAUCCUCGACCCAUCGUCACCAACUCGGCGUACGGGCGGCUGUACUGGGCGGACUGGAACCGAGACGGGCCCAAGAUCGAGAUGGCCAACAUGGACGGGACGGAGCGGGUCGUCCUGGUGAAAGACGACCUGGGACUUCCCAACGGGCUGACCUUUGACACCGACAACCAGCAGCUGUGCUGGGCUGACGCAGGUACUCGCAGGGUGGAGUGUAUGGAUCCUCACCGCAGGCUGAGGAGGACGAUCGUUGAGGGGAUCCAGUAUCCGUUCGCUCUCGUCUCUUUUGGAAGAAACCUUUAUUACACCGACUGGAGGAGGGAGGCGGUGGUCGCUGUGGACCGACAGUCGGAGAGAGAGACGGACGAGUUCCUGCCGCAGAGACGCUCGCGGCUGUACGGCAUCACCACGACGACGCAGUGUCAGCAAGCCUAUAACUACUGCGCCAACAACGGCGGCUGUUCUCACCUGUGUCUGCCGCGGCUCGGCGGCUUCACCUGCCGUUGUCCUGACGACGGCGCCGGCGGCCGAUGCGUGGAGAGGAACCUGUGAGCUCUGCAGGGCGACGCUGCUGCUGCUGCUGGGACACAAACAGACGAAACACACUUAACUGAAUUUUGGUGUUUUCCACUUUUCUUACUUGAAUCAAACAUUUAUGCGAUCGUUUCAGAGUUUGCCGUGUUUCUGGCCUCUAAGAGCCGCUCAGACCUCGCUGUGUUCAUGAUGUCACCGCUGACAUCAUCACCUGUUGAAUUCAGAUGUAGUUUCUGGUUGUAAUCUGAUUCCUGGUUGGAGAUUUUCAUUCCACACAGACGGUUUUUCUAAAAAGACGGCAGGUGAACCAAAAAACUCUUUGACCAAAUGAUAUUACUUUGAAAGGGUCCUGAUCGAUCGACCGACUUCCUGUUGUGUUUUUAUUGUGUGUUUAAAGUGAAACUCUGUAGUCGUUCCUUAUUGAUUUCUUAUCGAUGUGCUCUGAAACAAAACUGCGAAGAAACAAUCAGAUUUGAUUCGAGAAGUCUUCUCUCAGACACUCGAGCCGCCAAAACGUUUGACGUUUUACAAAAUGCCUCAAAGGUCGAAACUUCAAGACAUUAACGAGAAAGAUGCUCAUUAAAUGCGAAUUUACUAAAAUCAGUUCACAUUUGAAUACCAGAGGAGAAAUCCUUCUUAACGGGCUGUAAACUUCAGUUCUGACUUUUAUUGAUGCAGAAAUUCAGUCAGACACAUUUUAUGUUUUUAAACUUGAGAUAUUAAUGAAGCUAAAACGAUUAAUCAGAUUUAUUAAAAUGUUAAAAUGAUGUGUAACAAACAAAGUUUUUCAUUGAUAGAAUAAAACUUCUGAUGUUUUGCUCCCCACACUGACAGGAUUUUAUAUAUAUACACUCAGUAUUUUGGACCACUAACAGAACCGUGACGAGCCAGAGAACCGGUCCUGUCUGAGGUGAAACACUCACAAGAUUUAUUCUGUUGUUGUUUUAAGACUCGCAGUGUGUUUUUGUUUUAUAUGAACUUGUAAAUAACGACCCGACACGCAGACGACAUUCUGAUUUCUUUCUAAAUGUGCCUGAGACCUGAAGAUGAUGAUGAUGAUGAUGAUGAUGAUGAUGAUGAUGAUGAUGAUGAUGAUGAUGAUGAUGAUGAUGUGCAGCUCCUGUCUGAACUUAACAUGUAAACGUCAUUUUUACAUUGGAGACGUGCAGCGAUGAUUCCAGUCGGUCACAAAACAAAAAAAAAACAAACCUGAACUACGGAAGCCCGAAGCUGCCGACAUUAAAGUCAAAUCACUAAAACAGUUUAUAAAAGUUGUUUCUGUUUGAAAAUGUUCUGUAUCAUAGUGAUAUUUGAAAAAGCAAAUCAGCAAAUAUCUAAUGAAAACUGUGAAAUUGACGUUUCAUUUUCACGCCGCAGCUGAAAAUUAUUUUCUAUAUUAAUCAAUUUGUUUGGUUUUAAAAAAGAAGAAAAUGUCACAUUUAACAAACUGACAACAAAGAAUUUCGACUUUUCUUUCCAUCAGAAACAUUUUGUGGCUUGUUGAAACUAUAAAGAUGAAUAUUAUAUAUUGAAUAUUCACAUUUAAGAUACUUGAACCAAACUGAACGAUGUGUUUUUUGUGUCGUCGUCCUUUAAUAACAUGGACGUGUUUACUUCUUCUCACUUAAACCAAAUCAGAGAGAAAAUAUAAAAGAAAAACAGCAAAUUAAAAAAUAAGUGAAUAAAACUAUUUUCUCCAUUAAUCAACCAAAGACGAAGACGACGUCCUCAAAGACACAAAAUCUGUCAAACGGAUUCAUCGACCAUCAGCGAUUCACGUCAUCGUGACACUGAUCGAUGAAUCUUUCCAGCAAAAUAAAUAAAAGUUCAAAUUUGAUCAAAUGAUUUAAUUUCAGAUGUCCUGAAAGUUUCGACUGAUGAAACCAGCUGGUGUCUCAGAGCGAACAGGAAACUAUAUCGUUCUCUGACCGAAGCAACUUUAACGUUUAUUUUAUCUCGAGGACUGAAUGUGUCCAGAGAAACAUCUGGACCGGAACCACAGCUGCUCACGUCUCAGAUGUAAAAGCUGACAGCAGCACAGGUGCAUUGUGGGUGAAAAGCAGGUCGGUGUCACUUUGACAAACUCAGCUCAGGUUUUUUUUUUUUUUUUGGUAACUGAAA